UACACAUCCCGUCCCUUCGCCUUCGGGGGAUAUCCGGUAUAAUUCAUAAAUACUCUGCUUUACUUCACUGCAUUUCUCUCCGCGUUGAAAUGAGAUAAUGGUUAGGCCCUCGGGCUCGGGAAAGCUUGGAUCCGCGAAGCUUGUGCUCGUCUGCGUGGGGCUAUUAGGAUUUGCGCUCGUCGCAGAUUUUCUCUGGGCUUCCUCUUCACGCUUCGCUUCUUCUUUUUCCUCCUCCAUCCCUUCCGAUUGGGCUUCUUCUCAUGAUAGCUCGCAAAACACCCUAAUUUUUCCCAGAAAGGAUGAACCGAAGGAUUCCUCGAAAUUGGGAGCAGCUGUUGUUAAGAGUAAGGAUGCUGGCUCUGGGAGAGUCUUAUCAGCAACUUUUGCUGAUUUACCUGCACCCGGAUUAAACUGGGAAAAGAUGGCAGCUGCACCGGUGCCUCGUCUAGAUGGGGCUGCGAUACAGAUUAAGAAUCUUCUAUAUGUUUUUGCAGGAUACGGCACAAUUGACUCUGUACAUUCGCAUGUUGAUAUAUACAAUUUUAUCGACAAUACAUGGGGAGGAAGAUUUGAUAUGCCAAAAAAGAUGGCACACUCACAUUUAGGAAUGGCAACAGAUGGCAGAUACAUUUACAUAGUCUCAGGACAAUAUGGUCCGCAGUGCAGAGGGCCUACUGCCAGUACAUUUGUACUUGAUACCGAGACAAAGCAAUGGAGGGACCUGCCCCCUUUACCAGUCCCUAGGUAUGCACCAGCAACUCAACUUUGGAGAGGUAGACUUCAUGUGAUGGGUGGCAGCAAGGAGAACCGACACACUCCUGCAUUAGAGCAUUGGAGUCUUGCUGUAAAGGAUGGUGAAGCUUUAGAAAAAGAGUGGAGGACUGAAAUACCCAUUCCCCGUGGAGGACCUCAUAGGGCUUGUAGUGUGGUUGAAGAUCGGCUUUAUGUUUUUGGUGGUCAAGAGGGUGAUUUUAUGGCAAAACCUGGAUCACCAAUUUUCAAAUGUUCACGUAGGAAUGAGGUGGUUUAUGGUGAUGUUUACAUGCUAGAUGAUGAGAUGAAAUGGAAAGAGUUACCUCCAUUGCCAAAGCCAGAUUCCCAUAUUGAAUUUGCUUGGGUUGUCGUUAACAAUUCCAUCGUUAUCGUGGGGGGCACAACAGAUAAACACCCCGUUACCAAGAAAAUGGUUUUAAAUGGAGAAGUAUUCCAGUUUAACUUGGACACACUGAAGUGGUCAGUUAUUGGAAAACUUCCAUACCGUGUGAAAACCACUCUAGUUGGAUAUUGGAAUGGAUGGUUGUACUUCACAUCAGGACAGCGGGACAAAGGACCAGACGAUCCAGCACCUAAGAAGGUACUUGGAGACGUGUGGAGAACCAAAUUGAAAUUAAGCUUGUGAUCAAAUUCACUAUUUUUGAUUCUUUGCUGGGAUAUUAUCCCGCUGAUGUCUUGUAACCUUAUCAAAUGUGUUCUGUAUUCUUUUCUUGAUGUAAUUUCUUAGGCAUGGUCAUUGAAAUUCUUUCCUGUGGGAACAUUGACAUAUAGAAUGUUGCACGACUUUGAAUGAAGAAAUGGUUGAUGAAUUUCAUCAUCCCCGGUUACAUAA